CUCCCUAGCCGGGCCCCAUGAUGUCAGCCGGCCCGGAGCGGCGGCCGCGCGGCGGCCAGGAUGGGGCAGAGGACGCCGCGCGGCCACCCGCACGCCCCUCGCCCUCCGACGGCGACCCUGGCCCCGGCUCGUGCGCCCCAUCGCCCGGCAGCCCCGCUGCCGCGCCGCCGCCCUCGGCCCAGCCUCCCCCGAGCCUGUGGCUGGAGCUCGGGCCCGCCUGCAUGAGGGCGCAGCAAUGCCCCAGCGAGUCGAGCGGGCAGACGAGCGGCGACCUGGGCACAAGCAGCAGCAGCAGCGCUGGGCUGUCCCCGGGCUCCGACUCGGACAGCAGCGGCGUGGUGUGCGGCGGCCGCGGCAGCAGCGGGGGCAUGCGCGCCGCCCUGUCCCGCUCCUGGAGCCUGGAGAGCCUGUGCUCGGCCACCGCUGCCAUGCCGGGCGGAGCUCUGGAUGCGGCCAUGUGUGCUGAGGAGGCAGGGAGCGAGGAGGACCUGUAUGAGGACCUGCACGGCUCUGGCCACCACUACAGCCACCCUGGAGGGGGCGGUGAGCAGCUGGCCAUCAAUGAGCUUAUCAGCGAUGGCAGUGUGGUCUGUGCUGAAGCGCUCUGGGACCAUGUCACCAUGGAUGACCAGGAACUGGGCUUCAAAGCUGGGGAUGUCAUCGAAGUGAUGGAUGCCACCAACAGAGAGUGGUGGUGGGGCCGAGUCUCCGACGGCGAGGGGUGGUUUCCAGCCAGCUUCGUUCGGCUGCGGGUCAACCAGGACGAGCCCGUGGACGACGAAGCCCCAAGGCUUGGGGCCGGCGGGGCCGAGGCGCAGAGCAGCAAGGACCAGAUGCGCACCAACGUCAUCAACGAGAUCCUCAGCACCGAGCGGGACUACAUCAAGCACCUGCGGGACAUCUGCGAGGGCUACCUCCGGCAGUGUCGCAAGCGCGUGGACAUGUUCAGCGAGGAGCAGCUGCGCACCAUCUUCGGGAACAUCGAGGACAUCUACCGGUGCCAGAAGGCGUUCGUGAAGGCCCUGGAGCAGAAGUUCAACCGCGAGCGCCCGCACCUGAGCGAGCUGGGCGCCUGCUUCCUGGAGCACCAAGCAGACUUCCAGAUUUACUCCGAGUACUGCAACAACCACCCCAACGCCUGCGUGGAGCUCUCCCGGCUGGCCAAGCUCAGCAAGUACGUGUACUUCUUUGAGGCCUGCCGGCUGCUGCAGAAAAUGAUCGACAUCUCCCUGGACGGCUUCCUGCUGACCCCAGUGCAGAAGAUCUGCAAGUACCCUCUGCAGCUGGCUGAGCUGCUCAAGUACACACACCCCCAGCACAGGGACUUCAAGGAUGUAGAAGCUGCUUUGCAUGCCAUGAAGAACGUGGCCCAGCUCAUCAAUGAACGGAAACGGAGACUUGAAAACAUCGACAAGAUUGCUCAGUGGCAGAGCUCCAUUGAGGACUGGGAGGGGGAAGAUCUUUUGGUCAGGAGCUCGGAACUCAUCUACUCAGGGGAGCUGACUCGAGUUAUACAGCCUCAAGCUAAGAGCCAGCAGAGAAUGUUCUUUCUCUUUGACCACCAACUUAUCUACUGUAAGAAGGACCUGCUCCGCCGGGACGUGCUGUACUACAAGGGCCGGCUAGACAUGGACAGCCUGGAGGUAGUAGACCUUGAGGAUGGGAAGGACAGAGACCUCCACGUGAGCCUCAAGAACGCCUUCAGGCUGCACUGUGGCACCACGGGGGACGGCCACCUGCUGUGCACCAGGAAGCCCGAGCAGAAGCAGCGCUGGCUCAAGGCCUUUGCCAGGGAGAGGGAGCAGGUGUGGCUGGACCAGGAGACAGGAUUCAUCAUCACUGAGCUGCAGAGGAAGCAGGCCAUGCUGAACGCCAGCAAGGAGCAGGCCACUGGGAAGCCCAAAGCUGUUGGCCGGCCUUGCUAUCUGACACGCCAGAAGCACCCGGCACUGCCCAGCAGCCGGCCCCAGCCACAGGUCUUGGUGCUAGCAGAGCCCAGGCGGAAGCCGUCCACCUUCUGGCAUAGCAUCAGUCGGCUGGCACCCUUCCGCAAGUGAGCCAGCACCCCACCUACAGGUCUUGGUGGCCCUGCUCGCCAGCAGUCCCCAGCUUUUCCUCCCUGAGGCACACUCCAUCUGGCCCUUCUCUGCCUAUUCCACAACCUGGAAAUGAUCAGGGCUGAGCAACGGAGUUGCUGCUCAUGCCACCAGGACAUGCAACCUGCCAGGUCUGUGCUUCCAUUCUUGGUUUUUUCACUGCUCCUGUAACAGUGAGGAGGCCAGCUAGAAGAGGCAGGGGCCCCACGCGCGCAGCCCCUCCAGCCAUCCAGACCUGUGCCAAGCCCCCGCUACCCCUGUGCCUGGGAACC